UACUAAAAGGCGCCCGGGGAGGCGGGGGGAGUUGGCUAUCCAUCAUGGCUACGUACGGUGACGAGUAUGCAGACAGCUACCUGUACUCUUCCUACAACCCUUACUCGUACAGGUACUUCAAUCCCAGGCCCAGAGGGGCGGGCUGGAGGCAAAAGAGUUACCUGUCCAGCUACGGGGACACGGAGAGUUACUUUGACAACCACCAGAGGGCGCAGCUGAAGUCCAUCCUGUCGCAGAUCAACCCGAACCUGACGCCCCGGCUGAGGAAGGCGAACACUAAGGACGUCGGGGUGCAGGUCAACCCGAAGACGGACGCCUCCGUGCAGUGCUCUCUGGGGCCCAGGACCUUGCCGGCGCGGACCCGUCAGGCCCUCAGGCGGAGGAGGCAGGAUGUGCAGGUGACCGGCAGCCCCGUCAGCAGCAUCGAGAAGGAGGUGCGCUUUCCCAGGACCCUCGCCGUGUACUCGCCCAUCGCUUCCAGGCGGCUGACCUCUUUCCUGCAGGAAGAGAAGGACGAGGGCGAGAGGCCGCCGCCCCCGGACCCAGAGGAGCCGGAGCAGGCCGGCGAGGAAGGCGAGGAGCAAGAGAGCCGGACGACAUCCGCGGAGGGUGAGCCGGAGCCGGAGCCGGAGCCGGCAGCCGGAGAGGAAGCCGAACCGGAGAAAGACCACAACGAAGACGACGACGACGAAGACGCCGGCGGCGCUAAGGAGGCGCCGCCGAGCAGAACUGAAAGCGUCCCGAAAGACCAAGACGUGACGAACGCCAAGGCCCGAGUGAGAUUUCAGUUCCUGGAGCAGAAGUAUGGCUACUAUCACUGCAGAGACUGUAACCUCCGCUGGGAGAGUGCGUACGUGUGGUGUGUGCAGGGCACCAACAAGGUUUAUUUCAAGCAGUUCUGUAGGACGUGCCAGAAGGCCUAUAAUCCCUACCGCGUGGAAGACAUCACGUGCCAGGCCUGCAAGCAGUCCAGGUGCACGUGCCCGACCACCAUGCGGCACGUCGACCCCAAGCGGCCCCAUCGCCAGGACCUGUGCGGCCGCUGCAAGGGCAAGCGCCUGUCCUGCGACAGCACCUUCAGCUUCAAGUACAUCAUCUGAGCCCCGCCAGCAGGAGGCGCCCUUCAUCGCACCAUACUGCAGUGAUGGAGACCGACCCUUGGGGUCUGGUGUUACUGUGCAGAUGUAAGCUUUUUGAGUCCCAAGUUUUUUUUUUUUGAUGAAUGACUUUCUUUUGUUGGCAAUUGCAAGAACUGUUAUGGGAAAAAAUAAAUGGAAAGAUGGCACUCCUCUCCUUGAUUGUUAGUUGUUGACAUGCACAUGCCUACUGCUGGGGCCGAAGAGGCAUGCUCUGUCCUCAUGUGUUGGAUCGGGGUAAAAUGGAGUAUUGGUCUUUCAGCUAAAAAUUAAAAGACUUGUGACCUAGA